AUGGUUGUUGUUGGUAAAGAGUUUGAUAAUCUGUUUGGUAAGGGUAUAGAUAUUGGUGUUCGGAGGUCGGAUGGUGUUGGUACUGAAUUUGGUAUGAGCAUUGUUGACUUUGUUGGCUUGGUUGGUUUUGUUGGUGUUGAUGACUUUAUUGGCGUUGUUAGGGUGGUUGUUAGUUGUGUAAUUGUUGGUGAGGGUCGUGCAAGUAGUACGGGUCAUACACACACAUUUCAGGGAUUGGAUACACUCAUGGAUUAUGAUGACAAUGACUAUCAAAGCCAGAAUCUCAAUUUAGCUGGUGAAGGGAGUACCAAAUUUCCUCCAGUUUUAAGACCAUAUGCUCUCCCCAAGUUUGAUUAUGAUGAAAGCCUCCAAGGUCAUUUAAGGUUUGAUAGUUUGGUUGAUACUGAAGUUUUCCUUGGCAUUGAAAGUAACGCAGAUAAUCAGUGGAUUGACGCGUACUCCCGGGUAAGUAGUGGCGUAGAGUUCAAUUCAACUGAAGCUGAAACUUGCUCUAUAUCAAGGCAUAAUAAUGUUUGGUCUGAGGCGACUUCCUCGGAAUCUGUUGAGAUGCUACUAAAAUCUGUUGGACAGGAGGAAUUUGUCCCUAGAGAAGGUGUUAUACAGGAAUCAGAUGCCUGUGAUGAACUUGCAUGCUUAGUCAACCAAAUGGAUCCCUCUCUGAAAGCUGAUGAGAAAAUUGAGUUUAAAGAUGAUGUUGCUGAUACACAGCCGCCUAGUUGUAUUCAUGAAAACGUAUCCGGAUCAAAAGAGGAUGUAGAAAUGGAGCAGUCUCUGGCCGGAAUUUCCCAAGGCCGUGAAAGCGAACCAUCAAUAGAUGGAAGUUUAAAUAAUAUGGAACCACCUGAUAUGCAACGUCAUAUUGACUUACCCGAGUCUGGGGGGAUUCUCUUCACUGAUGGUAAAUAUGAUGAUACAAACCAAAUGAAAGUUGAAACUCCCGCUGAUACUUUUCUCCAUGAAAAAACUAAUGAUAAGUCAUCUGUGUCUGUGGCGACGACUAAUAUGAAUGAGGCAUCUACAGUGAAUAUCCCUUCUACUUGUGAAGUGUUAAAAAUUCAAAAUACGCUAAAUCAAAUAGUUGGUACCGGUGAUGACAACCAAAGUUCUUUACAAACACAAACUAGUAAGCUGGAUUUGGAGUCUUGCGUGAAGAACGGAAAUUUUGAUGUUGACACUCAAACUUUAGAUAUCAGCGCGGUUGAGGGUGAAUCAAAUCAGUCUGAUAAUCCACUUUGUUUAAUCCACGGAGAAGACACUUUGGAAUGUGUGAGUGUAGUUGAAGGCCUUGCGACUGGGAUAGGUACUUCAGAGAAAUCCUUGAACACUGUAUCUAAUGAUAUUUCUAACCUGCAGAAAACAGAAAGAGGAAGUGAAGAUGCAUGUUUUAGAGAUUUUUCCCUGAGAAAUGCUAAUAUAGACACAUUAUUGAUUAAAGAUUCUGUGGCGGGUGAUCAAUCUGCACCAAUUACAAGCAAUACUCCAAAGAUUGCAAUAAAAGAUGAUUCUAGUUCUGAAGGGGAAGAUGCAUGUUUUAAAGAUUUAUCUCAAGGGAAUGCAAAUAAAGGUGCUUUAUUGGUUAAAGGUCCUCUGAUGGAUGAUCAAUCUCCACUAAGUACAAGUGACACACCAAAGAUUGCCGUAGAAGAUGAUUCUAGUUCUGAGGGGCAUAGAAUUGAGGUCAGUAGUUCUGAUUGUGGAACUUGUCCUAAUUAUCAUCUGAAUACGGUUACAAUUGAGAAGACACUUGUCGAGAGCAAUGUUUCUAAGGAAAAAGAGUUGUUAAACAUUGGUAACCAGAUGGAUACAGAUGAUUUGUCAAGUAAGGCAGAUGCAUCUAUGUUUGCUGUGGUGGAUAAAAAGACUUUUGUAGUUAGCGAAGGCAAUAGUGAUGACAGAGCAAGUUUUUUCAGUUCCAAUACAGUGGUUUCUACUAAGUCUUGUAUUUUGGGUGAGACAACUCCAAUGUGUGAAAACAACAAAUCUAACAAGCAGGGUGAUCAUAAAUUUUUUUGUCAAGCCAUUUCUGUCAGUGGCCAAGGGAGUGAAAAGGCUCCUUUUGAUUUGAGCACAGUUCAUUGUGAUGUUGAUCAAUCUCAUCUUGCUGACGGGGGAGUUUGUUCAUCAUCUCUUGGUGCAUGUAGCGUGGAAACCUCCACAGUGUCAGUUGAUGUCAUGCCCAUCAAUAGUUCAGAUGUUCACGAGCUUAAAAGGAUGAAGCAUGUUGACUCUGCUUCUGUUGAUGAAAAGGAAGACUUUGAAGCCCAAAUAGUUGAGGAAGCAGGCAUUUCUCUCCCUGUUGGGUUUUCUAAACUGGAAGUUGAUCCUUGUACUGUUGCUGGAAACGACAAUAAAAAAAAAUCCGACAAUACUGGUCACAUAUCAUGGGAGGCAGACAACAGCUCUCUGCAUAUUCUGGAUACUAGUGCUACUGAAAGUAUUGGUGAACCUCAAGAAAUACAAAGCGUUGAUCACGAGUGCACAAAAGAGUCUAGUGUGGUUGCUGUUCUAUGUGAACCAAUAAAGAAACAGGGCAAUGAGGUUACUGUUUCUUUUAUUAAGGAUGAUAAAGAGGCAAUACAAGAGCAUCAUGACAAGCCAUACUCGAAAUUAUCAGGUUGUUCUGCCAAUCCUCCGUAUAAUAAGCAUGAUGUAUCUAAAGAUGGGAGAAGUGUAGUUCCUGAUGUAGGUCUUGUGGCAAAUUCGUCCAAAAAAGACGUUACAGAUUGGACCCCAAUAGGAGCAAAAGCUGGUGCGAGGGGUCCCUUUCCUGUUAUUGUAGCCAACAAAGACUCGGUGGUUGUAGCAGAAUCUCCGCUGGCUUCUGAAUUAGGUACUCCCAAACCGAAUGUAGCUAGACUUGUAUCUCAUGGAAGUCCACUAAUACCUGAUGGUGAUUUAGCACAAAGUGUUUCUAAAGGUACACCUGAACAUAAAACCAGGCGAACACCUAAUAAGACUGCUGGAAAGGAAUCAUCUAGAAAAGGAAGCAAAGGAAAGACUCCAGCAAAACGGUCAGAAAAAGGGGACAGAUCAACCAGUGUACCUCUGAGCCCAUCCUCUGGUUUCCAGCUGAUGCAAUCCAACGAGGCACAUCAGUAUAGGAAAAUUGAUUCCAUCAGUACAAAGCCAUUUUCAGAUUUGAAUACCUCUGCUUCUCCGUCUGUUAUGUUUCAACAGCCUUUUAUGGAUGUUCAACAAGUACAGCUACGUGCACAGAUCUUUGUAUAUGGAGCUUUGAUUCAAGGCAUAGUACCUGAGGAGGCCUAUAUGUUAUCGGCUUUUGGCGGUGCAGAUGGUGGACGGAACUUUUGGGAGAAAGCCUGGUCUUCCUGCUUGGAAAGGCAGCGGAGCCAUAAGUCUCAUCCAACUAACUCAGACACACCACUGCAAUCACUAUCUGGUACUAGAACCGCUGAUUUGGCAGUUAAGCAAAGCGAACUGCAAGGAAAGGGUAUCACCCCCCCUCUUGGCCUAGCCAGUAGCAUGAGCACUCCAACCAUUGUAAACCCUUUCAUUCCCCUGUCAUCUCCCCUUUGGAGUUUACCGUCUCCCUCACAGGCACUUGUUUCAUUGCAUCCUAAUCAAACUCCACCACUGAGAAACUUCCUUGGGCAUAAUACAUCUAGGAUAUCCCAAUCCCCCCUUCGUGGACCAUGGGUUGCUUCUUCUACUCCUGCUCUUGAUAACAGUUCCUAUCUCUCUGCAUCACCUGUCACAGAUACAAUUAAAUCCAGUUCAAUCAAAGGAACUUCUGCACCUUCUUCCUCUAGCAUUAAGAAUGUCCCUCCUAAUCUGCAAGCUUCUAAUGUAGGUCUACAAAAUGUAUUUCUGCAAACUACUCCUCUGUUUAAUACAAGCAAUGCGACUGUAUCAUCUGCCCGACAAUCUUGUGAUCCGAAGUCCAAAAAAAGGAAAAAGGUUACAACAGAGUCUGAGGAUCUCGGCCAUAAGAGUAUGCAUUUGCAGUCACACCUAGUAUCAACUCCUAUUGUCAGCAACCAUAUAUCUCCUGCUAACGCCACUGAACCCCCUGUUGUGAAUGUGCCAGUAACUACUGUUGAAAAAUCAGUUGAGUCUGUAUCUCCUCUAUCUCUGGCUGAUCGCCUCAAAGGUGGCUGGAAUAUUGAGAAAAGGAUUAUGUCAGAUGAGUCUCUUACAAAAAUUGAGGAGGCAAGGAUAAAUGCAGAAGAAGCUUCUACUCUUUCUGCCGCUGCGGUGAAUCAUAGCAUGGAGAUAUGGAAACAGUUGGAUAAGCAAAAAAAUUCUGGAUUGGCUUCAGAUAUUGAGGCCAAAUUAGCUUCUGCAGCAGUUGCAGCUGCAGCAGCUGCGGCUGUUGCAAAGGCAGCAGCUGCAGCUGCCAAUGUUGCGUCAAAUGCUGCACUGCAAGCAAAACUGAUGGCUGAUGAAGCAUUGAUCUUUUCUGGUCAUGAGAGUUCUUGCAGAACUUAUUUUUCCGAGGGUAUGAGUAACAUGGGAAAAGCAACCCCUGCUUCCAUCUUAAAGGGUGCAAGUGGAAUCAAUAGCUCUAGUUCUAUUAUCGGUGCUGCAAAGGAGGCUUCAAGAAGGAGAGUGGAAGCUGCUUCAUUUGCCAGAAAACGAGCUGAAAAUGUGGAUGCUAUUGUGAAGGCUGCUGAGCUGGCAGCAGAAGCUGUUUCACAGGCUGGCAGGAUUGUUACAAUGGGUGAUCCUUUGUCAUUAAGUGACUUGGUAGAAGCUGGUCCAGAGGGUUAUUGGAAAGCAUUCCAAGAGUCUUCUCAGCAAGUUGGGUUAUUUAAAGCCACGGGUAGAGGUCCGAUGAAUGUUGACAAUAUAGACAGACCAGAAACCUCUCAAAUAUCUAACAGAGAUACCUCAUCUAUGGAAAUGGGGAAGCGGAUUGCCGCGAUUGAGGAGUCACCCUUUCAGAAGGUGCAUAAUGAGACGUCACUGGACCAUAUGAGAUCAGUUGAUGAAAAUAGUUCAAAUGGAUCAAGGGGCCGCAGGGUUUCUAAUUUAGUCAAUCCCAUUGACGUGCUUCCCGAAUCUGUGACUGAAUUACAGGUUUCUUUGACUGACGGUAAUGGACCCGAAAAUCUGGAGAAGAAUAGCAUAAAAGAGGGCUCACAUGUAGAGGUUUUUAAAGAUGGAAAGGGAUUUAAAGCAGCAUGGUUCACAGCCAAUUUAUUAAGUAUGAAAGAUGGUAAAGCAUAUGUAUGCUACAACAGGCUUGUAGCUGAUGAAGGUGCAGGGCCUUUAAAGGAAUGGGUUUCACUUGAAGAUGAGGGAGAUAAACCCCCUAGAAUACGUGCUGCUCAUUCUCUUGCCAGUUUUCAUAAUGAAGGGACAAGGAAGAGACAGAGAGCAGCUAUGGUGGAUUAUUGGUCCAUUGGCGAUAAAGUUGAUGCUUGGAUACAAGAAAGUUGGCGAGAAGGAAUUAUUGCAGAAAGGAAUAAGAAAGAUAAAACAUAUACUGUCCAAUUCCCAGCAAGUGGAGAAAAAUUAGUUGUUGAAGCUUGGUAUCUCCGUUCAUCCCUCAUUUGGAAUGAUGGGAAUUGGGUUGAGUCUCCUAAUGUGGGAGCAAAUGACAGUCCCACCAAUGAGGGUGUUGCACCGCGCGAAAAACGGACUAAGUUAGGAAGUCCUGCACAAGAACUUGUAAAGGGAAAAGACAAGACCUUAAAAGGCACUUAUGCUUCAGAAUCAGCUAAUCCCAGUGAAUUGAGAUUACUUAAUUUGAAUGAAGAUCAUAAAGUGUUCAAUGUUGGUAAGAACAUCAAGAAUGAAAAGAACUCAGAUGCACACAGAUUGGCAAGGUCUGGUCUUCAAAAAGAAGGACCAAAAGUGAUCUUCGGAGUUCCUAAACAGGGGAAGAAAAAGAAAUUUAUGGAAGUAAGCAAACAUUAUGUUGCAGGGGGGACAAGUAGGAUUAUUGAUGGAAACGAUUCAGAUAAGAUUGCAGAUUCUUUGAUGCCACAUGCUUCAAGAUCAAGCGGAUGGAAAAAUAGUUCAAUAAAAGACACCAAAGAAAAAUUAGGAGCUGACUGCAAGCCCACUUCUAAGUCUGGAAAGCCACAGGUUUUGGGUAGAGUGAUCCCAUCAAAACAAAAACCUUUGUCAAGCUCUCGUAACCAUGAUUUGACAAGUCGUACAGAAAGGACAAGGGAUUCUUCAAGUCACGUCAACAAUGCUUCUCAGCGUGAAAAUCAGAGGGAAAGGGCAUCCUAUUCUGAAACCUCAGGAGCAAGACAAACCUCAAAUUCCUCACGUGCAUCUUCAACCGAUUCUCAUCCCACUAAGAAGCCACCCACAUCAAGAGUAAGUAAAGGAAAACAAGCACAUGCUGAAGGAAGGUGGGGUAAAGUUGAAGUGGAAAAGGCUGUGAAAGGAAAUCCGGUUAAAUCAACCUCUGAAGAAGUUCUUGAGCCUCGUAGAUCGAAUCGCAAGAUCCAGCCAACAUCUAGACUAUUGGAAGGAAUCCAGAGCUCAUUAAUUAUCUCAAAGACUCCCUCGGGUCCACACGAAAAAGGUUAUAAAAACCAGAACCGGAAUACUCCUAGGGGUAAUAACCAUAGUUGAAUGAAGGCUGCGAUUGUAUGAUUCACAUAAGUUGCAUAAAUUUGUAUAUUAUAUAUAAUAGGGGACAUAUCUAUGGGAAUUCUUGCUUUAUUUUUGGUUUUAGACAGACUAGUCAGAGUAGCUGUUUAUAUUGAUUUAUUCAUGUCUCGGCGAAUGGCACUGUAGGCUGUACACGGAAUUUAUCCAUGUUUAUUUAUAGACGUUUGCUGAUAUAUCAAAUGGUAGCAUAAUA